GUUAUCACCCAGGAUGCACCUGUCCGACUGAACCGUCUGAGAAAAGCCAUUUUGUUGUGCUAGCUAGCUAUGUGGGCAAAGAAAGCCACUAAUAAUAUGGGUCUGUUAUAUCAACGCUAACUAUGUCACUGUUAUGUGUUAGUUUACUGCUGCAAAAUACAAUAAUGAAAUAGGUUGUAAGCCUGCAAGUGUUGAGGACCGGCAUGGACUAGCAUACGAAGCUGAAGCUAACUGAAGUGUUGUGGGGGAAAAAUGGAAGCUAAAGUGUGCUGCAGUUUGUGUUAGCUAGCUCUCUGUUCAGUCAGCUGGCCUUAGUUAUGUUGUCUGAUUGAUCAACCUGAGGUUAGUGGAGUUUGUAAAUGUGUUUGGUGUACUUUGAGACUGUCCGUGCUGUAAACCAAAGACUCUUGGUUCAACAAAGAGGCUGUGUAAGAGACAGUAAAUAAACAAGGCGACUGAACAAUCCAACACUAACUUAGCAAAACACUUGAAGCACACAGCGUUAAGCCAAAGCGCUAAUCUGAUAAUGGCAGAGGACACCCGACAGGACAAGAGAGCCAGCUUCUCUGCUAUAACGGAGCACAACACCAACGGGAUGGCCAGGACCUCCGCCGUGGCCUCCAGCAAAACUGGGGCUUCAAAGAAAUUAGUGAUCAAAAAUUUCAAAGACAGGCCAAAACUAGCGGAGAACUACACCGAGGACACAUGGCUAAAACUAAGAGAUGCAGUCGGUGCCAUCCAGAACAGCACCUCCAUCAAGUACAACCUGGAGGAGCUCUAUCAGGCGGUGGAGAACCUCUGUUCUUAUAAAGUCUCCCCCACGCUGUACAAGCAGCUCCGGCAGGUCUGUGAAGAUCACGUGCAGGCCCAGAUCAACCAGUUUAGAGAAGAGUCUCUGGACAACCUUUCCUUCCUGAAGCGAAUGAAUCGCUGCUGGCAGGACCACUGCAGGCAAACGAUAAUGAUCCGAAGUAUCUUCCUCUUCCUGGAUCGUACUUACGUGCUGCAGAACUCCCUGCUUCCCUCCAUCUGGGACACUGGGUUGGAGCUGUUUCGUACACAUAUCGUGAGCGACAGCGGCGUUCAGAAGCGCACGGUGGACGGCAUUUUGGAGCAGAUAGAACUUGAAAGAAAUGGAGAGACAAUAGACCGCAGUCUGCUCAGGAGUCUACUAGGCAUGCUGUCAGACCUACAGGUUUACAAAGAUUCCUUCGAGGAGAGAUUUCUGAUUGAGACCAAUCGCCUGUAUGCAGCAGAAGGACAACGACUGAUGCAGGAAAGAGAUGUGCCUGAGUACCUGCACCACGUGGCUCGUCGGUUGGAGGAGGAGAAUGAUCGUAUUUUGAGCUACCUCGACCAGAGCACCCAGAAACCCCUCAUUACUUGUGUUGAAAAACAACUGUUAGGAGAACACAUGACUGCAAUGCUACAAAAAGGUCUUAGCACCCUGCUGGAUGAGAACCGAGUGACUGAGCUGUCCCUCCUGUACCAGCUGUUCAGCAAAGUAAAGGGAGGACUUCCCACACUGCUUCAGUUCUGGAGGGAUUACAUAAAGUCUUUCGGCGGAGAGAUCGUCUGCACUCCGGAAAAAGACAAGGACAUGGUGCAGGAGCUGCUGGACUUCAAGGACAAGAUGGACAACGUGGCGCAGAACUGCUUCACACGGAAUGAGGGAUUCAUUAACGCCAUGAAGGAGGCUUUUGAGACAUUCAUCAACAAGAGGCCCAACAAACCUGCAGAACUUAUUGCUAAAUACGUGGACUCUAAAUUAAGAGCGGGGAACAAGGAAGCUACAGAGGAGGAGCUGGAGCGAAUCCUGGACAAGAUAAUGAUAAUCUUCAGAUUCAUUCAUGGGAAAGAUGUGUUUGAAGCUUUUUAUAAGAAGGACUUGGCCAAACGUCUGCUGGUCGGAAAGAGUGCUUCUGUUGAUGCUGAGAAGUCGAUGCUCUCCAAGCUCAAACAUGAGUGCGGAGCAGCUUUUACCAGCAAGUUAGAGGGGAUGUUUAAGGACAUGGAGCUUUCCAAAGACAUUAUGAUCCAGUUCAAACAGUACAUACAGAACCAGAGUGAGCCAAGCAACAUAGAACUUACAGUCAACAUCCUCACCAUGGGCUACUGGCCUUCAUACACACCCAUGGAGGUGCACCUCCCCCCAGAGAUGGUUAAACUCCAAGAGGUGUUUAAGCUGUUCUAUCUGGGGAAGCACAGCGGCAGGAAGCUGCAGUGGCAGCCCACACUGGGCCAUGCUGUACUAAAGGCAGAGUUUAAAGAGGGUAAGAAGGAGCUGCAGGUCUCUCUGUUCCAGACGCUGGUGCUGCUGAUGUUUACGGAGGGCGAAGAGUUCAGCAUGGAGGAGAUCCGCACGGCCACCGGCAUAGAGGAGGGAGAGCUCAAGCGCACGCUGCAGUCUCUGGCCUGCGGAAAGGCCCGGGUCCUUAACAAGAACCCCCGAGGGAAAGAUGUGGAGGAUGGGGACCGGUUCAAUUUCAACAACGACUUCAAACACAAACUGUUUCGCAUCAAGAUCAACCAGAUCCAAAUGAAGGAAACGGUAGAGGAGCAGGUGAGCACCACAGAGCGUGUGUUCCAGGACAGGCAGUAUCAGAUUGAUGCAGCUGUGGUGCGCAUCAUGAAGAUGAGGAAGACCCUCAGUCACAACCUGCUGGUGUCAGAGCUCUAUAACCAGCUGAAGUUCCCAGUCAAGCCGGGCGAUCUGAAAAAGCGCAUCGAGUCCCUCAUAGACAGAGACUACAUGGAACGUGACAAGGAGACUCCUAACCAGUACCACUAUGUUGCCUGAAGGGGAGCCACUGUUACAGCCAUGCUUUCCUCACAGCAAGCGUACAGCUGGCUGCCCCCCAAAAUACACAGCAUCACAGCCCUUCAGCCCCCCAGACUUUCCUCUGGUGCUCAUCUUUCCCUCCAUUCACGAGCCUGGAUGCAGCGUCCAGAUCACACAGAGCUCAAGAGACAAGAGAGAGACUUGGCCGAACUGUUCCCACUGCGUUAUCUUUAGUGGGAGGGGGCUGGAGGAGCGACCCAGGUUUUUGAUGGUUGGUUUAUGUGACUUACAAAUCUGCUAAUGCAAAACUCAACUGAAAAUAACUUAGCACUUUCCCUCUAAUCUGUUUUUUUUUCUUGCUCCUCGGGAUUGGGAUAUUUUUUUUUCUCCAUCAAGUUCUAAGAUCACUUAUUUUCUACUAUAGCUGGUUUGUCUUGAGUUUUAAGUUUUUUGUUUUAUUUUUUGAUCAGGUCGUAUCCUUAUGAAUGGCUUCAUCAACUGCUCGGUGUAAACCUGAUUGGUGGGUUGCUUGUUUUGGCUGAUAAACAGCUGUUGAGGACAUUAAAAGAUGUGAGAAAAGACUUGAGGGAUGAAGUGAAGUCUGGGAUGGACAUGUUUGGGUCAGGGGGGAGGGUUCAUUGCUUGUGACACAGAAGCUGAUUUACACGAAGGUAAGCCACUUGGGUAUUUCUUUGGGUACCUUAUAUGUUUUGACCAAAAUGUCCAAAUGUCCAAUGUUAUGUGCUGACGUUUUUGUAGAUCAGAUUGUAUUCUAUGUAAGAGUGAGAAAAGUGAACCUGAAUAAAUGGAUAUUUAAUGAU